CAGAAUCAAAGCAAUGGGAUGACAUUAAGAAGCUAAAGGUAGUUGGUCUACAUGUUGCUAAGAAGGCACGAGUUUGGGUGCAUGCGCUGAUGAAAACUUCAAUGUCGUGGUCAGAUCUUAAAGGCAAAAUGGAAAAAGCUGCGAAAAUGAAAUAUCAUGCAGAAGAAAAGGUUGCAAGGUUAAUGAGGAUAAAACAAGAGGAAAACGAAUCUGUGGAUGGAUAUUCCAACUGA